GCUAUUUCCAAUCCCGAAUCGUCGCUCGCCUGUCGCUAUCGGUUCGAUCCUCGUUCUCACCGAAGAGGCCUGGAAGAUCUGGUAAACGAGUGGAAGUAGAGAAUCUCGUGCUCGAUUAAUACUCUCUUGGUUUCGAACUUUGCAGUGAGAAUUGAUUUGCACCUCUUUGGUAGAUCUGAGCUCAAGCAGGCAUCAGAACUGUCGAACAUGGGUCGUGGAGUCAGCAGUGGCGGUGGGCAGAGCUCUUUGGGGUACUUAUUCGGGAGUGACGAAUCUCCAAAACCGGCGGAAAAGAAACCCGUGGAUGGUGCGGGUGAAAGUAGACAGGUGACUAAAGAGCCUUCGCCGAAGCCUAAUGCUGUUGCUCAGCCGGUGGACAUUAGCAAGCAGAUUCCCGCAGGUAUUCAUAGCAGCACAACCAACAAUUAUGUCCGAGCCGAUGGUCAAACUACUUGCAAUUUCAUCACGGACCGGCCGUCGACCAAAGUCCAUGCUGCGCCGGGAGGAGAUUCUUCGUUGGGAUACUUAUUCGGUGGAGGCAGCAAUUAAAGCACCGGAAAAGGGUAGAGGGUAUGUCGCCAAAUUUUCUUACAAGUUUACGGUAAAUGUUGUCUGCCGGAUUCUGUACAUUGUGGUCAGACAACAAGUUUUUUUUCUACCCGUUGUGUUUGUGAUUAUUGAAAACUCGAUUGAUUGUGUGUCGCCGGAUAUGCUUAGCUGCUGUUCGAUAUUCGGUGUAUUGUCUUAAAAAUCGACUCUUUGAAACUCGUCUUGUGAAUGAAUGUCUUCAGUUUUCGAAA